CUGGCCGACGACUCUCUCCUUUCCCUGCCCUGUGUUUCCCACCCGCGCCCCUGCCCGUGUGUGUUCUUGCGUCCUUGCGCCCCUUAUGUCUCAUCGACCCCGCCUCGCAUCAGUGAUGGCGUGCGUACCUCUCCCCCGUUGCCGACGACCGUUGUUUGCGGCCGUCUGGCAAUCGCCGAGACGAUUGCCCGUCGGCCUCUUGAACGUUGAGACAAGAGCGUUGAGAUUCUGGUCUGUUAACCAAAAAGUUAGCUACCGCCACAAAAUAAAUGUAGAUAGAGCUUUUCUUAUUCCACAGCA